AUGCUUGAUGCACCUUUUUCAUUGGAGGAGGUUGAAAAAGUCUUGACGAGUAUUGGUCCACAUAAAGCUCUGGGUACUGAUGACUUCCACGCAGCUUUUCUCCAAAACAAUUGGGGCCUGAUGCAAAAUGAUAUUCUGGAAGCUUGUCUCAAGGUUCUUAAUGGUGGAGAGUCGGUUAAGAAGAUAAAUAAAACUAUUGUGGUAUUGAUCCCAAAAAAUGAGAAUCUGAUGUAUACUGAUUUCCGUCCAAUCAGCCUCUGUAAAGUUGUUUACAAAAUAAUCUCUAAGCCUAUUGCGAACAGGCUGAGAAAGGUGUUAGGACCUUUAAUUGCCGAAAAUCAAAGCGCCUUUGUUCAUGGACGAUAUAUCACAGAUAACGCUAUAUUAGCAUUCGAACUUCUCCACUCAAUGUCUAAAAUAUACUCUGGGAAGGCAAACUAUAUGACGCUCAAAAUCGAUAUGAGUAAAGCAUAUGACUGGGUCGAAUGGGAUUUUGACGAUGUCAUGCUCUCUAAAAAGGGCUUUCCACCUCGUCUCAGGGCUCUCAUUUUAAUUUUACUUCAUCAGUUAGCUUUUCCUUCUCGAUCAAUGGGGUCAUAA